CGGACGUUACUAUACGGAAGAGCGGAUGUUGUUUUAUUUUACGCUGUGUUCACUUUAAAUGUUCAGUUUAUGGUUAAAUAUGCGCUUUAACGUGAACAACUAACUAAGCUUUAAAUUACUAGAAAAAUGGAGGCGCGCUUCGGGAGUGAAGUGGCGUCGAUUGUAGAAGUCGCCAUCCAGUCGACGGUAUCUGUUUUCAGAGAUGUCUGGGCUAAAGAGGCGCCAAACGCGGACUGGGAUGAGGCGAAGUUCGGGGAAAUCCAGGAAAUAGAAAGAUGUCUGGUGGCUCAGAUCCAUAAAGUGUUCACGGAAAUCUGCUCGGAGCUGUGUGAGGAGAACGAGACUCUGCGGGCUAAGGUGGAGCAGCUGGAGGAUGUAUUACAGAGGAAAGCCGGGCAGCUGGAGCAUGAACUGGAGGCCAGAGUGGGUCAGCUGGGCAGAGACAUGGAGCUGCUGGAACAGGAACUGAAAACUAUUAGUGAGGGCGGCAGCAAGACGCAGGGAGGUCCGACCCACGUCCUGCUGCAGGACGUCACAAUGUCAGUCUCCACCAAUCAGGCGACUCCAAAGUCUAACAAGAAGAGUUCCACAUCAAACCCGCCUCCAGUAUCAGCAGGAAGCACAGAGGUCGUCUCCAGCUCCUCAGCUCUCUCUCAAGCUGUCGCUACACUCGCAGAAGCCCCAACGGUAUCUGCUUCCACAGAGCCAUGGAUGGAUGCCAGUCAGGUUCUCACCACAUCCCCCACGUUCUCAUCAGAGGUCUCUGAAACAGCAGCAAUCAUCCUCAAACCAGCAGCCUCCCCUGGGUCUACACCACAAGAUGCCCCCAGUCCAGACUUCAUCACUGUCGUUGUUCUUGACUCGGCAGAAGAACAGAUGUUAAAGAAAUCCUUUGAAGGGAGACUCUCAAGGAAAAAAAGGCUUGCAAGCGAUGUAACUCAUGAAACAGAGAAAGUUUCUCCUAACAGUGGCUCAGAGGAGAAACAAAUUAAAGUGUAUGAAGGGCAGGGGAGGAGUCUAAGAAAGAAGGACUCACAGAUCGGGAAGCGGUUCUUCUGUGAGCACUGUGAUGUUGGAUUUCAUUGGAAAGGUGAACUAAAGAAACACAUGAAUGUUCACAAGAAGCCUUUUCCUUGUGAGCAGUGUGGCAGAAGUUUCCUUGAAAAGAAAUCUCUCGAAAAUCAUCUAUUGCGCCACGAGUCAACUAAAGCCCCUCUCCCAUUCCCUUGUACCCACUGUAAGAGAUCCUACAGAAAAGAGCAGUCACUUCAGAAUCACCUCAAAUGUCACCAGCGGUCAAAACCUCCAAAGCCGUUUGCCUGCGAUCAAUGUGGGAAAACAUUCAGAAUUAAGCAGUCUCUAGAAAACCACCUCCUGCGCCACGAGAAAAGGAAGCAAAUGUUCAAGUGCCAGCUUUGUGACAAGACCUGCAAGACCUCAGUCCAGCUGAAGUGUCACAUGGCUGUUCACUCAGAAGAAAGACCAUUCAGUUGUGUGACAUGUGGGAAGGAGUUUAAGAGCAAAGACACCCUUCGCUUCCAUCAGAUGGUUCACACGAAUGCCAGGAAAUACAAAUGCACAAUGUGUGAGGAGUCUUUCAAGUAUGCACACUCCCUGACUGUGCACAAGAGGAAGCAUACGGGUGACAGUCCCUUUGUAUGUGAUGUGUGCAACAGGUCUUACAGAACUGGCACUUCUUUGAAAAGACACAGGGUGAUCCACACAGGGGAGAAGCCUUUCACAUGUCACAUAUGUGGAGCAAGAUUCAAUCUGAAUAACAACCUUAAAAGGCAUCUUCGUAUUCACACAGGAGAGAAGCCAUUCACCUGCAAAGAUUGUGGCAAGACCUUCUCAGACAACAACAAGCUUAAAUCUCACAUGCUCAUCCACGGUGCCAGAAAGCCUUUCAUGUGUGAUCUGUGUGGAAAGACCUUCCUCUUCAACUGCAGGCUGCAGAUACAUCAGAAGUACGUGCACGCAGACAAAAACCAGGAAUCAGACAGUACACAAAGUUAUUUCCAGACCAGACAGCAGAACAAGUCAUUGGUUAAACCGUUCAGCUGCAAAAUAUGUCUGAAGGGUUUCAGCGCCGCAGGCUCCCUCAAGCUGCACGAAAGAGGCCACAGCGAACACAAAGAGUUCAACUGUACCAUAUGUGGGAAGGCUUUCCAUAACAAAUACUCUUUCAGCUAUCAUCAGCGUAGCCACUCGGGGGAGAAGCCAUUUGUUUGUGACGUUUGUGGGAAGAGGUUUUUCCAUACUGCUAGUCUGAAGCAACACGAGCGCAUUCACACAGGUGAAAAGCCGUACAAGUGCGACCAGUGUGGCAAAGCAUUCAGGACAGAUGGAAACUUCUACAGACACAUGCGGAUCCACUCUGGAGAGAAACCGUUUGAAUGUGUGUACUGUCAGAAGAAGUUCCACCAGUCAAAUCAGCUCAAAUCUCACCUGCAGAUCCAUACCGGGCGGAAGCUGUACUCAUGUCAACAGUGUGGACGUGGUUUCUCUGAUUCAAGGCAGCUCAAGAAACACAGCUGUGACGGAUCAGUUAAAAUGUCAGAAAGUGUGUUUUAUUUGGAAACCCUGUCCAUCAUAGAGAUGCUCAUAAAGACCACAGUGGAUGUUGUUGGACGUUUAAGGGAAGAACCUGCUAAAAAAGAGCUAAAUACGAAAAGUAAACCAUAUUUUGAUGGCAUGGUGGAAGUGUUGGUGCAGGAGGCAACUAGGAAGAUCAGCAGUGUUUUCUCUCAGCUGUCCUCACUGCUACUUGCUGAAAACUCCAAUCUGAAGGAACGAGUGGGACAGCUGGAGGGCAAGCUGAAGACAGUGACUGAAGGUUUUGAAAAUGCCAGAAUGUGGAGAGAAAACGUCCUGAAUGGCUGCCCAGUGCUGUUUGAGCAGAGCGGACUGGUCUUUACUCUGAAACCAUUCGGGAAGUUGAUGAGAAAGACAGAUAAUCCCUCGCUGGGAGUCACUGAAGCAUCAUCUACUGCUGCUGUCCAGGUGGAGGGUGCACAUCAUGAAGAUGGUGCAGAAAUGAUGGAAGUGAUACCAUCACCACCAACUGGACACGCAGAAGACUGUAACACUGACAAGGUAAAAAACACUGACUGCCAAAUCACACAGGAAGCAGGGCUCAGGAGUAAAAGGAAGGUGUUUACAUGUGAAGUCUGUAAUAAGAACUUUAACCGUCAAUUUCACCUGAUGAAGCACAUGAACACUCACAAAGAACAGUGGCCCUUUGUCUGCAACCAGUGCCCCAGAAAAUUCAGGAAUAUAACAACUUUGGAGUACCAUCUGCUGCGUCAUGAAGAGAAGAAGUUCACAACCUUCAAGUGUCAUAUCUGCGAGAAGGUGUUCAAAACAAAAAUGUGCCUGAAAACUCAUCAGCUUGUACACACAGACACAAGGCCGUUCAUCUGCUCCACCUGCGGGAAAGGUUUCAAAACCAAACACAGCCUGCAGGCUCACCAGGUCGUGCACACGGUCGAAAAGCCACACACAUGCUCUGAGUGUGGGGAGAGUUUCAGGUACGCCAUCACCUUGCAGUGCCAUCGGAGUAUUCACACCGGGGAACAUCCCUACACAUGCACAGUGUGUGGGAAAGCUUUUACAAGCAGGCGAUCGCUCAGGACUCACCAGGCAGUCCACAGAGGCAAAGUGUUUACAUGUGAGACAUGUGGAGCGGGCUUCACCCUCCAGCAAAACCUGAGGAGACACAUUCGUAUUCACACAGGUGAGAAGCCGUUCACCUGUAAAGUCUGCGGGACGAGUUUCAUUCAGGACAACAAGCUGAAGGCGCACAUGCUUCAUCACGGCGCUACGAAGGCGUUCAUGUGCGACCUGUGCGGGAAGACGUUUCUGUACAACUGCCAGCUAAAGAAACAUCAAAAAGCAACUCACAGUGACAACCAAGAGCAGAUUGUUAAAAGGCGAACUCGAGAGCGGAAUAAUCGUAGAGUUAUCUAUCGACGAGACAAAACAAUUGUAAACAUGACCCCGUUCAGUUGUAGGACCUGUCACAAGGCCUUUGACACUGUGGGUUCACUCAAGAGACACGAGCUCAUCCACACAGGAAACAUGCAAUACAGCUGCGACAAAUGUGGCAAGUCUUUUUUCUACAAGGCCACCUACGAAUACCACCAGCGCAUCCAUUCAGGAGAAAGGCCUUUCGGUUGUGAUGUGUGUGGGAAGACGUUUAUCAUCCGUCAGGCUCUAAAGUCACACAAACUGCAGCACUCUGGAGAGAAACCACAUAAGUGUGAGCAGUGCACCAAAACCUUUAGGAUCUACACAAACUACCUGAGACACCUCCGGAUCCACACGGGAGAGAAGCCCUACGAGUGCGAGGUUUGUGGUAUGCGGUUCCGGCAGCUUGGACACGUCAAGUUUCACAUGCAGAUCCACACGGGCGAGAGACCAUAUUCAUGUAGCAGAUGUGGACUCGGAUUUUCAGACUCCAGGCUGCUCAAGAGACAUAACUGUAGUGAAAAAUAUGAGAAAAUGUCAGGGAACACACUCACAAUGUCCUAAAAGUCAUGACACCACUGCGCUCCAGUAACAGUCCCUUCACUGACAGCAAAAAGUCUCUGAAAGAAAGAUUAUGUCAAAUACCCUGCUGUGAAUUACUGCAAUGUUACCUGCACAUUCUAAAAAUGUCUUCCUUUGGAUUUUCAGUGUGUUUAAAACAUGAAAAAUUAAGUCUGAAUAAAAUUCAUAUCAUCUUCA